UCUCCAAUUAGAACUUCGAAAGAAGAAGAAUGAAUAAUGCGGUUGGUUGGCAGAAGCCGCUUAGCAUCUGCCUCCAAUGGCGAACCGACGUUCUCCUCACGCGCCGAGUGUAAGCAAGAUAAUAAUGGAGCUUGCUCAUCCGGCAUGAACAGCGAUUCUGUGCCAGAAGAAGAAGCAGCACUGGCGAUUUUUUCAAAAUGUCCCAAAAGUUCAAAAAACAGAAAGCUAGUCAUCCUCAAAGAGCUGCAGAAUGUGUAUUCGAGCACUUCAAAAAUAAACAAUGAGUGUAUAUAAGCGAUCUCAAGAUCCAUUCAAUGCAGCUCACCAGAGGAGUGUCUUUGAUCAAAGCGAGCUUGGAAAGACAAAGAAUCCGAGGCGUCUGCGAGUUGGGAUGAAGAAAGGGCAUAGUGAACCUUUUGAUUUCGUCUACAAAGUCCCGUUUGAACCAAACAGUGAGAAGUGACUGUGGGGAGAGAGAGAGAGAGAAGGGAGAGUUGGUUCCCUUUUGUGGGUGCAGCUUCUUAUUUAUUAUAAGACUGCUCGGUGAGGGCUCGGCUUCUGUACCACGAGCUGAAUUGGGUCAGCUUUUUCAUAGUCGAAAGGAGCAAGAGAGGAAAGACAUAGAAGUGGAGGAUAAAGAUAUGCAGGAAAUGAAGAGGAAGGUUGAUGGUAGUGGCAACAAUGGAGAUGUCAAGAAGGAGAGGCAUAUUGUCACUUGGUCUCAACAGGAGGAUGAUAUACUACGUGAACAGAUUACAAUUCAUGGAACAGACAACUGGGUGAUUAUCGCAUCUAAGUUCAAGGAUAAGACGGCGAGGCAAUGCAGGAGAAGAUGGUAUACAUAUUUGAAUUCUGAUUUCAAAAAGGGUGGAUGGUCGCCGGAGGAGGACACGCUCUUAUGUGAGGCUCAGAAGAUAUUCGGAAAUAGAUGGACAGAAAUAUCAAAGGUGGUUGCAGGCAGGACGGACAAUGCUGUGAAGAAUCGGUUCACCACCUUAUGCAAGAAGAGAGCAAAAUAUGAAGCCUUGACGAAAGAAAAUAACUUUGCAUUCAUCAACACCAAUAACAAAAGGGUCAUCUCCUACAAUACAUCCAUCUUGGAGGAAACAUCAGAAAGCGCAGUACAUACAAAAAGGCUGAGGAGGACUCAAGUUCCUGAUCUUAUAGAAGCUUGCAACAUUGGAGAGAGAUCGUAUGGGAAAUGCAGAGUAGCAUUUCCUCCUCAGCAGCCAAGAACUCCCUUCUCUGUAGUGGUUUCGAACAUCCACAACAACUAUGCAGCCAAGGAUAGCAAAAAUGAAAGAACAUUUCUCAGUAAAGAUGAUCCCAAAGCCACUGCCUUGAUGCAGCAAGCAGAAUUGCUCGGUUCACUUGCACUAAAAGUGAACACAGAAAGCACAUGCCAGAGUCUAGAAAAUGCUUGGAAGGUUCUUGAGGAUUUUCUGAGUCAAGCCAAAGGAGGUGAACUCCAUGAACAUAAGACCUCCAAUAUUGACUUUCAGCAGGAGAAUUUCAAGGACUUACUCAAGGAGUUGGAAAGUAGCAUUGACGGAAGUCAAUCGUCGAGGGAACCUGAUCUAUGUGAAACUUCUCCAGCCAGCUCCGAUUAUAGCACAGGUUCCACAAUAUUGCUCCAUGGAACUACAGAUGGAACAGAACCCACUCGACAAAGAGGAGGCAUACUAGAUGAAUAUAUUGAAACUGAAACUGCAGCUCCACCAAUCCAUACUGAACAACUUGUCAAUGACCAGAAUGUGGCACAGCUAUUUCAUGCAACGACCGAUCAAGCAGAAAAUCUCCAAUCCAUCGAUGAACAAAUAAAUGAAAGCGGAGUUGGUCCUGCCCCAUCACAUACAGAGUUUGGCUCCCCUCUUGAAGUAACCCCACUUUUCGGAUCAUUAGCAGCAGGAAUUCCCAGCCCAAAGUUUUCAGAGAGUGAAAAGAACUUCAUAAUGAAAACACUGGGAAUGGAGUCCCCUUGUCCAAUCCCCAGCAUCAAUCCUUCUCAUCCCCCAGCAUGCAAAAGAGCCCUCCUCCAAAACCCCUAAACCACCAACCUAAAAUCCACAAUCCAUAAAUCACAAUGUCAACAAAUUCUAGUCUUUAUUCUAAAAGAUCUAGCAUGUAUCUAGCCCUUCCUUUCUGCGGCCCUUAGACAUGUUCCGCAUUCUUUUUCCCUUCCAUUUUAUUGUUCUAAACUGCCAGUAUUGAAUCUGGAUCUGCCGUUCGGUAAAUCCAGAUUUGAAGCAUUAUGGAACACUAGUUCAUCCAUAAGUCAUGAUUCCAUCUCCUUCCGUCCUAAAUGAGUCACAAGCCCAUCACUCAAAGUGAAAUUCAAUACACCUAUUCCGGGUUCCAUUCUUUCGUUCGUCUUACUCUUCCCCGAUUUUCAUCUUCGGUGUUUUCUACUCCAGUGCAAUUUUGGUGUGUCGUGUCUGUACAGAAACUGCGGCUUCUCGCCGACAGUGUAGUUAUACGUCGGCUCCUCCUCCUGGCCUACAGCUUGCCCAAUUAUUCCAUUACGAAGAGAGAGAGAGAGAGAGAGAGAGAGAGAGAGGGUCAAUGGGUGUGCAUAGAAGUAUAGAAAUAUUAUGUUACUCCCAGUUCCAGAUUGUAAUCCGACUUCACUGAUAUCCAAUGGAAAUGGGUUUUGUUUUCGGUGUGCAAAA